AUGCAGCCAAAAGCGCGAAAACAAGGCAAAGCCACCCAGGAGAAGUUAGAAUCAGCGAAGCCAAAAUUUACUGAGCCGAGCAGCGGCGCAGCGCCAAAAAGUGCGAAGCCUUCGAAGAAGCGGAAAGAGGUCCAGGAGGAGCACGUAGAAUCGGAGCAGGAGCAGGAGCCCGUCGAUGAUGACGAGUCAGAAGAUUCGUCUGACGAAGACGCCUCGGACCUGGACGUGGGCGAGGAGUGGGCAGGGAUCGACGUGAAUACGCUCCCUACGAUCGCGAAGGACGACGUGGUUGUCAAGAAGAAGUUGGAGAAAGCAAAGAGGCAACCGACGGGGGACCGCGGUGUGAUAUACCUUGGCCGAAUACCGCAUGGAUUCUACGAAGCACAAAUGCGGUCAUACUUCGCGCAAUUCGGAGACGUCACCCGACUGAGGCUUUCGCGUAAUAAAAAGACGGGCCGUUCAAAGCACUACGCAUAUAUCGAGUUUGAUUCCUCCUCUGUCGCCCAAAUAGUGGCAGAGACGAUGGACAACUACCUGCUCAUGGGUCAUAUUCUCACAUGCAAAGUCAUCCCGAAGGACGAGGUGCACCCCGAGCUCUGGAUCGGGGCGAACAGAAAGUGGCGGCUUGUACCGCGGGACCGUGUCGCGCGUGUGCAGCACAACAAGUCCCGGACACAGGAGGAGACGCAGAAGGCGGAGCAUCGGCUGCUCAAGCGCCAAGCGCAGAAGAAGCGCAAGCUGGAAGAGGCGGGGAUCGAGUAUGAUUUCGAGGCAGUUGCAUAUAAAAAGAAACCAGCGGCGAUCGAGACGUAG